CUCAUCUUUAUGCUUCAUUGUUUGUUUAAUUGCCAUCAGGUCUGAAAAAACAACAACAACACAACAAGGCUUGUUAUGAAUCCCUGGGACCCCAUUACCUAUACAGUGACACCUGCUGCUAAGAUUUUAGCCAGAUGUGUCACAUCAGGCACCAUGACACAGGAGGAGCUCAAUGCUCUUCCACAGGAUUCAGAAGUCUUUUCUACAUCUUUACUUGAAGCUGAGCAGCUGAACAGAAUUAGACAUAAUUUUGAUCAGGCUAAUCUAGAGUUAGAGCUGCUGGAGCUGGAGAGAGACAGUGCAGACGUCACUCACACUCAUUACCUCAGUCAAAGGUAUGCUUCCUUGCAACAGUUCACAUCCCACCUUCAGGAAGUGUUGCGAGAACAGACAGUCCUACGAGAGAGACUCACAAAGCCACUUUGUCAGCAGAACCUGCCCAUUCAUGCUGGUCUUCACAGAUAUGUGGUAGAGCUCAUGGGGAUGGUGGUGGAGUUCAUUCAGAACUUGGAAGUGAAAAUUAAGAUGGUUCAAGCUAUUCCAAAAACUGACAUUUAUCGGAGUAAUUUGAACAGUGCCAUAACUCAACUGUUGGCUCAGGUCACUGAAGUCGAAAACGUGUACAGACAAGUUCUCAAGCGACGAGGCCAUCUGCACACCAACAUUAAAGACACGUCCAGUUGAUAAAUAAUUUAAAGAACAUGUAGCAUUUGUUAAGCAUACUAGUGAAUAUUAAAUUAAUAAAAAUAACUAAAGAUCAAUUACUAGAUUUAGUAUACA